AUGGAAAUUUUUGAAAAACCAAAUAAUACCAUCUUUCAGAAAUUUUAUCAAAUUGCCAAUGAUCAGUUGCUCUUUUCUACUUUUUCAAUUUUAGAUAUUAUUGCACUUUAUGAAGAUGCUUGUCUAGAAUAUAUAGAUGAAUUAAAAAUAAAUAUUCAGGACAAUUAUGCCGAUUUUAAUUUUGUUGAAGAAUCAAAACUUUCAAUUAAUAAUUUGAAAUAUGAAAGCAGAUUAUGGAAUUUAAUCUAUUCAUUAGUCGCCAGCAGAGUUAAAGAUAAAGAGGAUAAGGCUUUAAAUGCACCUCAGCUUGAUCUAAGUCAACUAUCACCAAAACAAAUAAUUGAAUACCAUUAUGAACAUGACAAUAAAUUGAGAGAAGCACAAAUAUAUUUAGAUUGGCUAGAAAAAAUUGCACUUGAGGAAGAGACUCAACAAUUAGAAAGUUAUGGAUAUACAUUCUUGGACGAGACUAAGAAAAUGUUGAAAAUGAAAGAAAACGCGUCACGCGGAGGAGAUUGCGAUGAUGAAAUGAAUGACAUGAUAUCGAACAUGGUUUCCGAAUUGGAUCCAGAUGCUCCCACUAGGCAAAAUAAAAUCUUAGCGCCUCUCGAUAUGGAGUACGAGGAUAGAUUACUCAAGCAGAUAUUUAUGUGCGUCAGAUGCGGUCAAUUCGAAAAGAUUGAAGAAAUUUGUCGCAACUCGGGUCAGGAUUGGAGGGCCGAUACAUUGAAAGGUUGGAAACUGUUUCACGAUCGCAACGUCACCAGUUCCAGAGAGGAAGAUGGUGGCGGAGGAGGAGAGGAAGAUUUUGGAGAGAACGGUGGAAUAGACGGGAAUCUCAACAGGAUUUUGUGGAAGAACGUGUGCUGGAAGAUGCAUGACGACGCGACUAACCGCGACAGCGGCUUGGAAGUCACAAUAAACCCUUACGAAUUGGCCACUUAUUCGGCCCUGUGUGGAAAUGUCAAAGGAAUUUUACCAGCCAUCAAUCAAGAACGCUGGCACGAUAUCUCGUGGGCCUAUACAAAGACCCUGAUAGAAACGAAAGUCGAAACCAUUUUGAAAAAUAAUCCUUCCGUUUAUGACUCCACGCGUAAUUUUACCCAUUCGCAAGAUCCUUCCGCUAUCAAUUUGCCCGAAGCUUUUUGGCGGCAACCGCACACUUUUGAGGAAAUCUUCGAGAUUAUCGAUACAAAGCUGCCCGACACUAAUUCGAUAAUAUAUUCAGAUAUCGAUCCAUCUGAGUGCACGUUAUACCGGCGAAUCAUAAAACUCGUCAUUUUAAACGAUUUUAAUGGUUUGUUAGCAUUUCUACGAAAUAGCUCAGCAGAAAUCCUCACGUAUUCGGAGGAUAACCUCGAUUCAUCCAAGAUCUCGAAAUCGACGAAGAGCACGUCUACCCACCUCCUAAGUGUUCACCGAUUUUUGGCUCAUCUAUCAUUGGUUCUAUCAGCUGUUUAUAGAUCCAUUUCUUCUCCCUACGAAGAGGAAGUCAUGAUAGAACCCGCGGUUUUCGCCACAACGGAUUCUUAUAUAAAAAAUCUCAUGCGUUCCGAAAGCAUUCAUUUAUUCAUCGGCUACCUCAAAUUUUUACCGGAAAUUUACCAAACCACAAGAUUUUGCUCAUUUUUAAGAGAUUUUUCUGGACUAGACUUUGAAGAUAGAAGGAUAUGCUUGGUGCUAGCUCUGGAAAAUAAUUUAAACCUGAAAAAUAUCUUUGUAGCUUUCCUAGAGGAUUCCUUGUCCUCUGCCAUGUCAUCUGAUAAUUCUAGAGAUCAACUACUGGGCGCUCUUGAUUGGAUACUCAUUCCAUCUUAUUGCGAGGAAUCGCUCCUUCAACAUUUUCCGCUUUAUUCCACCAUGAUAGCCAAUAUUUUAACGCGGAAAUUUUUACUUGGCGAUGAUAUGGAAUCGGCGAGAGGCGUGUUAUCCAAGCUUCCCAAAGAUGCCAACGACAGAAUAGCUAGCCAAUACGAAAAUGAUGUUGGAAAGGAAACUCUCGUUGAAUCGCGAUUGGAAGAGACCCCUCGUGUACCCAGCAUCGUAAAGAACAUAUUGGGCGAAAAUUUUGGAUACGCACAAUACAUCGAGUCCAUCCAUUCCUUCGACCAAUGGCUGGAACACUACCAAAAAUCUGAAAAUUUAUCUGCGAAAUUCGAAUCCUUAUUGGAUCGCGAAAAGACGAUAGUCGAUAUCGCCAUCGGGUUGCAAGAACGAGUGGCCGCGGAAACGGAACGGAAAAAUUUGAGAGCGGAGGCGGAUAAAUGGCUCAAUAAUUUUAGGAUCAAAACUGAGAACACGGCCGAAAUUUUAUUUUCCAUCGUGAAUUUCCCCACCAAAGCCGGAUGGUUAACUGAUGACGUCGAAGAUGAGUCACUACCCGACGAUAAAUUAGUUCCCGCUUCCAUUGCUAACCUCAUGUCAAAAGAUCCUGACAGAUGCUCCGACCUCUGCGCUCUCAAGCAGGAUUUAUACCCCCGAGUGGUGAGCCUGCUGGUUCAGGUACUAAGAUCCGCUAAGGCUUAUUCCGUCGCCCCUCUUUACCCCUCGGCCGAAAACAAUGAAAUCUUAGAAGGGAAUCGACACGAGGACAACGUGGACUACGACGAAAAAUUGGCUCAAGUAACGAACGUUUUGUUGGAAAGGAGAGUCUUUGUGGGUACUGACUCGACUAGAAAUGCGGGCGGAAUUACUCGAGAAGAUAUUACGGAGAGUAUAAUCGAAGAAAAUGGGUUAAUGGAUUAUGUUUCUUAGAGUAGACUCUACCUAAUUUAUAUAUAUUUUACCUCAACCCUCCUUUUACUAUAUCGAGGAAAUAAAAGUGCGAUCUCCCUUAUCCAUUCAUGUUUGUUAACCACAAAUAUAAAAA